AUGGUCGACAAGAAUAAGGUCAACGAGCUUGUCUCGCAGCUUCGCAUGGCCGUUCCACAGGAAGUCAGGCGGGCCGAGGAAAUGUUGUCCCGCAAAGACGACAUAAUGUCCUCUGCGGUCUCUGAAGCCCACCAGGCCCGCCAGCAAUUGGAGCAGGAUUUCCGGACCCGCCUCAGCGAGCACGAGCUGGGGCGCAAAGCCGAGGAAAUGCUCCGCGAAGCGGAAAUGACCGCUCGCCGCAUGGUCGACCAGGCGGAGCGCGAGGCCGAAAGCCGGCGCAAUCAGGCCGAUGCCUACGCUCUGCGUACUCUGCGUGACCUGGAACGCGAACUCGCCUCCGCCACCGGGUCCGUGCGCAAGGGCAUCGACGCGCUCGCUGGGUCCACGUUGGCCGCCAGCGCGGGUUCCAACAUCCCCUCACCCAACGAUUUCGCUCCUAACCCCGAAGACGAGCGGGCAACAGCCGACUACGGCAGGUUUCGCUAG